AUGGAUCUUGUAGAAUUGACAUCGGAAAUGUCAUUAAAAGAAAAUACCGGUGCCACGAAGACAAAACGUGAAGAUUAUAUAGAUUGGAAAGAGUACUUUAUGGCAAUUGCAUUUUUGGCGGCAAAACGCAGUAAAGAUCCAUGUUAUCAAGUCGGUGCCUGCAUAGUAAAUAAGGAGAAUAAAAUAGUUGGUAUUGGGUACAACGGUAUGCCUAUAGGGUGCAGUGAUGAUGAAUUUCCUUGGGCAAAAAAUACUCCAUCUCCUUUAGACAGUAAAACUCUUUAUGUGUGUCAUGCGGAAAUGAAUGCAAUAUUGAAUAAAAACUCAGCAGACGUCAAGAACUGCACGAUAUAUGUGGGUCUUUUCCCUUGCAAUGAAUGUGCAAAAAUAAUCAUACAAUCUGGUAUUAGUGAAGUAGUUUACCUGGCGCAUAAAGGUUGGGAUAAGCCAAAAUAUGCAGCAUCUAAAAUUAUGUUUGAAGCAGCAGGAGUAAAAUACUGGCAAUUCAUACCGAAAAGAGAGAAAAUUGAAAUAUGUUUUACGUCUGUUACAUCCAAUUCAUUAUAA